GCCUUGCGCCGCCAGUACGGUGAGUACAAACGUCAAAAGCUUAGAAUGCUUCCCAACGUGACGAGGUGCACGUAGUCAGAUUCAACAUGGACGCCUCGCUGAAGAGUUGGGAGCUCGAGAACUCGAUACAACUGCUCGAUUCUACUCGCGAUGCUCUUUAUGAUUUCGACGAGGCCGCCUACAAGGCCCUGCAAACCCAAAAGCCGUGGAAUAAAGAUCCAAACUACUUCAAACACGUGCGGAUUUCUGCAGUCGCCUUGCUUAAGAUGGUGAUGCACGCCCGUAGCGGUGGCAGUAUUGAAGUCAUGGGCUUGAUGCAAGGCACAGUACAUGGAGACACCUUCAUCGUUACCGAUGCCUUCAGAUUACCUGUUGAGGCGACCGAGACUCGAGUAAAUGCACAAGAAGAGGCUUUUCAGUACAUCGUUCAGUAUUUGGAAAUGUCAAAAGCAAAUGGACAGUGCGAGAACAUUGUGGGUUGGUAUCACAGCCACCCUGGCUACGGGUGCUGGCUAUCGGGCAUAGACGUGAGCACCCAGAACCUCCAACAAGCGCACCAGGAUCCCUUUUUGGCAGUUGUGAUUGAUCCCGAUAGGACGGUGUCGGCGGGCAGGGUGGAGAUCGGCGCCUUCAGAACAUAUCCUGACAAUUAUAAGCCCGCUUCCGCAACGGACAGCGACGGCUUCCAGACUAUCCCUAUGGAGAAGAUUCAAGACUUCGGCGCUCAUGCAGACCGCUACUACCAGCUCGAAGUUUCGCAUUACAAAUCCAGCCUCGACACCAAGCUCCUUGCCGCACUGUGGAACAAGUUCUGGAUCAAUACUCUGUCGUCCUCACCAUUGUUAACGAACCGUGACUUUGGAACGAGGCGGAUAAAUGAUCUGGCUUAUAAGAUUCAGGAUAUGAAUCACCAACAGCAGAUGAGGGGUGGUGGCGGCGCGGCAUUACACACAAUGUCUAGGCAGUUUGAAAAGGACGAGAGGCUAGAAAAGAUUGUGAAGGCGAGCGACAAGAUUGAGGCUGAAGAGAGGGCUGGCUUGAUGGCUUUACAGGUCAAAAAAGAGAUCUUUAAGCUCGAGAAUAAGGUAUGACGCUGAAUAUGACGGAUAGGACGAUCACCGGAAAGGACGUCCAAAGCGUGAGCUGCACGGGCGCAAGUUCUGCUGUAUGCAACUGAAGUCUAGGGCUAGAAUGACUACAGAGGGUAUAGUCCGACAGCCGGAAAAGAAGAAGACGAAACCGGCGUCGAUAAUGGCCAGUUGGCGCUGUAGACGUUCAGGCCAGACUCACGUACCGAGGCGCAGUCACACAAUGAAAGAUAGAAUAUUAAUGACACGGACGCGUCUGUGGACAGCGAUCUUAAAC